GUUUCUUCAAAUAUAAUUAUUUUUCAUUAGUUCUUUCUCAUGUGUUAUUUUACACCUAGCUAAUUACUUUAAGUAGCCUUCUAUCAUUAUCAUAUGAUAUAGAUAAAGUAAAAGUACUUAUAUAUAAAUGAAUAGAUUUAUUCUUGUUCUUUUUCUUUUGUUUUUCUCUUUUACUUUUUCUUUUUAUUUGUAUAUUUUUAGAAGAAUAUAAAACUAGAAGAGUGAGAUCAUCUAGUCAAGGUUUUUUCUUUAAUGUUUUAUAUAUCUAUAUAUAUUUAUACAGAGAAGAACAGAUCUAUAUAUAUUUAUUGGGUUGGUAGUGAGGAGGAUUAAGCCAACACCUUCCUCCAUCUUCUCUUGUUUUCUUUAAAGAGUAAAAGAUGGCUGAAGAACAUUGUGUGAAUGUGGAUCAUGCAAUGAUAGACCAAAACGAAAUCCAACAUGUUGUUGAUCAUCAUCAUCAUCCUCAUCAACCUCAACUCAUUCUUUCUGAAUCUGAUACUCAAUGGUUGUUAGAUCUUAUCAACCAAAACAAUGGUGAUAAUCCAUCACAAGAAAUCGAUUUCGUUUAUAGAUUAAACUUGAUAAUUCUGCCUCAUGACUUGCCAAGAAAAAUAGCUGCAAAUUUCAUCAAAUCCUUCAGCAAUGACAAGAUUGGAAAGAGUUUAUUCCAAGACUUCACUACAAAUACCAAAGAUCUACUAAAGUUAUCAUAUCAUGAUGAGAAUGGUAACAAAGGUUUGAUGAUUAAGUCACUGUUUUUAAGUGGGUGCACAAUUUUACAAUUCAUACAUAGCUAUUUUCUUAAUGAAUUAGAUGAGUUGUUUGGUAUUCAUAAUGCUAAAGCAAGAAAGAUACAAGAAGAUUUGUUUAGGUUUGAUAAUCAAAUCCCAUUUAGAGUGAUUGAGUUGUUAGUUAACUUAACUAAUAACCCAAACCAAUUGAAGAAAGAUAUUGUUAAAUUCAUUUACAUUAACAAUAUCACAAAGGAUUUGCCAAUUCCAAGCUCCAACAAUUUCCUCCUAAAACAAUGGGAUGACAUUAUUCGAAUCGAAAAUCAUAAACACGUUCAUCUCCUGCACAUUCUCUACUUGCUAAUCACAUCUAGUGAUGGAAAUAUUGUCUCUACCAACAAAAAAAAUGAAGACAAUAAUAUUCUUAGAUGUUGUAGUACAAUAUCUUGUUCUUGUUUUCGCAGGCAAAGACCGAAUUUCAACGAUCCAAAAGGGUUUUUUCGCAAUGUUGAGGAACUUAAAUCAACAGGGAUAGAGUUAAAGCCUACUAGUUCUUGCUUGGCAACCAUAUCAUUCAAUGGAAAAUGUUUUAACCUCAAAGGACAUCUUAAACUUCCUCCAUUAAUUGUUGAUAGGUGGAUAAAGGAAAAGCUACAUAAUCUUCUUCUUUAUGAGAAGUUCUUUAAAAAACAUUAUAUGCUUAUUUCUUAUGUAAAAUUUAUGGAUAUUCUCAUCGAUAGAGAACAAGAUGUUAGAGAGUUAAGAGCGUCGCGAGUACUUCAAAAUAGACUUAGCAGCGAUGCAGAUGUAGCCGAUUUGUUUAACAGAUUAGGGUCGCGGUUUAGUGAGCCGCCACAUGAUUUUUAUUCUGAUGUGAAGACUAAGAUACAAAAUCAUUGUGAGAGGAAAUGUGCAAUUUGGAUGACUCAAGUUUAUCAGCAAUAUUUUAGUAGUCCAUGGACUAUCAUAGGUCUUAUGGCUGCUGCAAUAGUACUUUCUUUAACUGCUGUUCAAACUUGGUUUGCUGUCAAUCCAAAAGAUUGA